UUUUUGUCACACGUUCGAGAACGCUAUUAUUGUGUAAACUAUCAACUUAUUGUUUAGGUUCGAGCGAAUUUCGUGUCGUCGACGCGUAAUCCACUUGAUGACCACAUAAUUAUGUUAACACGCGAAAGAAUUCGUGCGACUUUUUUGCAAACAAAUCUGUGAUAUCGAGAAAAUUUCGUUUUUAGUAUCGAAACAUGUCCGGCAAUAAUAAUUCGAGGCGAAACACCAUCAAAUCGAGACCUCAUAAGCAUAUUAGAAUAACCGUAGUUGGGGAUGGCACCACAGGAAAAACAUGUCUUUUAAUCUGUUAUAAAGAUAAGAAAUUUGAGCCUUAUUAUAUCCCCACUGUUUUUGAUUCAUAUUCAAUGACUGUCCCAAUUGGAGAUCAUGAAUACACGAUAGUACUUUGUGAUACAGCUGGGCAAGAAGAAUACGAUCGAUUAAGACCUUUAGCGUAUACGGAGACGGAUGUAUUUGUGGUUUGUUUCGCUGUAGAUAAUUUAGCUUCUUUAAAAAACGUGGAGAAUAAAUGGUUACCAGAAAUAAGGCAUCACAAACCACAGGCUAAGAUUAUUUUAACUUGUACAAAAAUUGAUUUAAGAACUGACGAUAACAUCCAAACAGCGGAUGGUUUCGCCGUUUGCAAACGCAAUAAACUGGAUGAUUACGUUGAGUGUUCAUCGAAAUUAAUGAGAAAUGUUAAUCAAGUUUUCGCAAUUGCCAUCUCAUCGUAUUUAUCACCUUAUUACGCGAAGAAACAAAAGUGCCUAAUUUUGUAAAAAAAAUAACGAUUAUUUUAAUUUAUUUUACAAUUAAAAACGAUUACAUUUGUAUCUAGUUGAUAUAAAUAAAUUGUAAGUACCGC